AUGGCUAACGUGUGUCCUCCAGCUCCCCAAGUUCUCUCUCUAUCUUCCUACACUAAUAGUUCAUCAAAGAGAGAAACUUAUACCAUUUGGAUGAAAUCACUUGUAUGUCAUACAAAUGGUUGCACUGUUUACAAUUCCAGUGGCAACAUUGUUUAUCGAGUCGACAACUACGACAAAAAGUGUAGCAACGAAGUCCAUCUCAUGGAUCUCCAAGGCAAAGUUCUCUAUACUAUAUGUAAAAAGAAAUUAAAAGCUUUUGAGCAAUGGGAUGGCUACAGAACUAGUAGCCCUUCUAAUAGAAACAAGGAGAAGCCUGGGUUUCAAGUGAAAAGUUAUAGUAGAAUGCUCAUGGGAACCACAACUUGUCAAAUUACAGUAGAGUGUGACAAGUAUUGGAUAGUGGCAGGGAAGAGUGGUACUGUGGGAUAUAGAAUAGUAAACAUUGAUGGACAUAUUGUUGCAGAGGCAAAGCAGAAGUUAUCAUCAUCUGGAGUAGUUCUGGGGGAUGAUGUCUUAACUUUAGAGGUGGUUCCUCAUAUGGACCAUUCCCUUAUAAUGGCUAUUGUGAUUGUGUACGGAUUGAUUUGUCGCAAAAUGUAA